UAUCUCCAAUGUCUCACACGCAACCAUCGAGUGAGACACCUUUAUCUCCAAUGUCUCAACAGCCUAAUUUGACACAUGAGGAGACAAUGAUUGAAUCAGCUGCAUCUCCAAAGUCUCAACAAAAUGAGGAUUACACGCAACAAUCGAGUGAGACGCCUUUAUCUCCAAUGUCUCAACAGCCUAAUUUGACACAUAAGGAGACAAUGAAUGAAUCAGAUGAUGAAACUCUUGCCCUUGAUACUCAAGUAUUCUCUCCUAAUCUGACAAAAGAGAAAGAAACAGAAACGUCUACCGAUGAGAGGCCAUCCAAUCCUAAUCAAGAUGGAAAACCAGAUGAUGAGAUUGUGAGAGAGAAAUUAACAAGUGAGUCACCUGCUACUCAGAGUCAAGUUUUGCAGAAAGAAACAGUGGAAAUGAAUGAGACACCUUCUUCUCCAAUAGCUCCAAAGAGUAUUGAAACUCCCGUUUAUACUCCAAGUCAGACUCAACAGAUUGAGAGAGAGCCAUCGGAUGACACGCCUGCCCUUGAUACUCAAGUUUUUACUCCUAAUCUGACAAAAGAGAGGGAAACACAAACCUCUACUGAUGAAACGCCACCCAAAACUAAUCAAGAAGAAGGAAAACCAGAUGAUGGGGUAAUAUUUAUUCUAGAAAUUAUAAUUGAAUGUAUUCAUGAUGGCCUUUCCUGAUAUUUUUUGCAGAUUGUGAUUGAGUCACCUGCUGCUCAGACUCAAGUUUUGCAAAAAGAAACACUGGAAAUGAAUGAGACACCUUCUUCUCCAAUAUCUCCAAAGAGUAUUGAGGCUCAAGUUUUUACUCCAAUUCAGAAACAGCAGGUAAAUGUUCAAAAAAUCUUGGAGAUUUCAAGUAAUGUUUGAAAGCUUUUGUACGUGUUUUUGAUCCCCUACCUGACUUUUUUUUUGUUUUUUUUGCAGACGGCAACAGAGGAAACGUAUGAGGCUACACAGCCAUUGACUGAGAUCAUUUCAGCAAACAAUAAAAAGGUAAGCAUAGAAAUGUCUUUCAUAAGUACAACUUGAAUUUUAAAUUGUAGAAACUUCUUCAUAACUACCUCUUUUAUUUUACUGUUAUUACAGGAGGAUACGCAUGCUGUGCAUCACACACCUUCCUCUCCAUUGUCUUCACUAAUUGCACUAGUUAUUGAAGAAAAUAAGAAUGCUUUGGUAAGAAGAAAUAUUUAAAAUGUUUAUGUAAUAUUUUUCUAUUCAACUAACUCUUACCAUUUACUUUUGUCUUAUAGAGUGAGACAGAAACUGCGACCCAAUAUUUUUCUACAAGUGAAUGAGAGCAUACACAAUCAAGCAGAAAGAAUCAAGCAGAAGAAUAUCUCAAGGAUACUACAGAACCUACUACUGAGCUAGUUUCCACAGAUGUUUCGAAGACACAGCCUCUUACUCCGCAAACACAGCACCUUCAGACAAGUGAGGGAGAUCAAUCCGAUGAGACACCAUCAGAGCAGAAUCAAGCAGAAGAAAAUCUCAAGGAUACUACAGAACCUACUACUGAGCUAGUUUCCACAUAUGUUUCGAAGAUGCCGCCUAUUACUCAGCAAACAGAGCAUCUUCAGACAAGUGCUAUAGAUUUUUCAGAAA